CCUGGGGAGACCAGAUAUAGGGAAUGCAGGGUCCUGGAGAGACCGGAUAUAGUGAAUGCAGGGUCCUGGGAGACCGGAUAUAGUGAAUGCAGGGUCUGGGAGACCAGAUAUAGUGAGAGAUCCGGGGAGGAUAUAGUGAAUGCAGGGGGGGGGAGACCCUGGGAGAUCGGAUAUAGUGAAUUCUGGGUCCUGCAGAUAUAGUGAAUGGGGUUCCUGGGAGACUGGGAGAUCAGAUAUAGUGAAGUGAAUGCAGGGUCCUGGAGAGACCGGAUAUAGUGAAUGCGGGGUCCUGGGAGAUCAGAUAUAGUGAAUGCGGGGUUCUGGGAGUCAAGAUAUAGUGAAUGCAGGGUCCAGUGGGAGGAGAUAUAGUGUGCCCCAUCGUUGGUGCAGGGUGCGGAGAGGAUAUAGUGCCCCAGCAUUGGUGUCAGUGAGACCGGAUAUAUGGAAGGAAUAGUGCCCCAAGGGCCGGAUAAAGGCUAGAAAAGGGCCG